CCGGGACCCAUGACGGUGCACAACUGAAUUACCUGGAAACGAGGCAACUAACACCGUAAAGUUCCAUUACGUUCGAACGACGUUUCGCAGCAACAUGGGGAAAUUUCUCGCUUUUUUUGGCCGUGUCAUCACGGUUUUGGCAUUAAUGUAUAUUAAAGGUGAGUUUAGUUUUUUGUUAUAAGCUUAAUUGAGAUCGAAAACUGAUUCUUGACAAUUCGUAAUAGGAGCCUCUUUCGUAACUCAAAGCGCACAAUUCUUACUACAAACAUGUCCAUUUUAACAAUUGCUUUCUUGAAUAAUAUAUAACUUUCCAGAAAAAAAACAAUGCCGAAGUCUUUACAGUCAAACCAGAUCAAGCGUUUCCGUCGCUAACGAACUAAUGAAUUCAUUCACGGAAAAAUGAUUUCGUUUGUUGAUUCAAUAAUCCAUUCAUAAAAUGAACAAUCCAACAGUCAUAUUUAGCCUCGAUUCCAUAAUCGAAUGUUGAUUCGAUUACUGUUUUUUGAAAAAUUACACUUUCCACAAGUUGACCUCAGAAUUUUGUUUUUUGCUCUUUUUUUUUCUGAGAAUCGAGUUCUGGCGAGUUCUGAAGUUCAAACCCAAACAAACUGUUACAUGUACGCCAGUUUGCUGCCAGUAAUCAGUGCAACAGACCUAGGCCUGACCUCUUUUAUAGAAAACACGACCGUCAAACUGAGGUCAGUGUAUGUGCGGUGAUUGGUGGAUUUCGAUCCUCGGCCUUUGUCAGUUUCUUUGCGUUUGCGGUCUGUCUAUUCUAGCUGUUAUUUUGAUUAAAGGCAAUGAAAAACGCAAUUGUAAACGGCAGGAAAAGGGAAGCAAACACGAUUGAACACAACAGACAAGAAUAAAAAUUAAAGAACAGGUAGAUUUUGUUCAUAAACCAAAUCAACAUUUGAUUAUUGAAUCAAGGUACAAUUUGACUGUUGGAUUAUUCAUUUUAUGAAUGGAUUAUUGAAUCAACAAACAAAAUCAUUUUUCCAUUAAUGAAUUCAUUAGUUUGUUAGCGACGGGAACGCUUGACCUGGUUUGACUGUAAAGGGAGACCCGAGUAAUACAUAUUGAUAUCCGAGGGGUCAAUUUUUAUACCUAAGGUGUGAUUUGCCAUUUAUAUCGCAGGUUCAGAAUAUCAAGUAUGACAUAAUUAUUUCUGGUUCUCCCUCGAUAGCCAGUAGGAAUAAAAAAUUAAGCUUAAAUUUGGAAUUUUUUCUAUUGUGAUUAGUCAUCACAUUGCUUCUGAAGCAAUGUAUUAUCAGUCAAUAUAUCGGCCCAGUAUCUGUUGACUGUUGGUCGAGUAUCGAUUGGCAUUGAUCAGUCGAUAUGUGGCCGAUAGUUGGUUGUUACUUCACCGACGGAUCACCGAUAUUAAUCACUGACAUUUCACCAACACUCUGCAAACAAUGAAAUUAAUUCACUCAUCAAUGUAAUUAAGGUAGAAUCUAUGCACCAUCAAUGGAGUUCAGGUUCAAUGCCAUUUAUCACCUUCUUAUGCACAAUGACAAAAUUUGAACUAUUUUGUUAAGGCUAUGAUCAAGAUCACUAACACCACGCAUGCACUUAGCCUCUGACAAUGUUAGGAUUUGUUGUGUCCGUUUUGGCAGUGGUGUACAGACAGAUGCAACAUUUACUCCCAACAAUGUUGGGACCUGCAGUGCAUGUUGUGGGAAGGAUACAACCCAUACAUGUGAGACUUUGGAGACCAUCUGUAAUGUGUGUGAUUGGCCCCAACAAUGUUGGAAGAGCAACAGUGUUGCGCUUUGGCAAUCACGUAUGGAACAAAAGAAAUGUUGGGAGUUGUUGGCUCAAAAGUUUAACUGUUUUCAAACUUUGCACAACAACUCCCAACAACACGCAACUACAACAUACAACAUCAUGCAAAAGGGUGCACACACGGACGCAACGUGUAAGACAUGUAACAUUCAACAAUGUUGUGUCCAUUGCAAUUGUUUAUGGUAAAUUUGCAGUCUUCUUGAGGACCUUUUUUCCUUGGCUGAUUUGAUAAGUCCUUUUGGUCCUUUUGUUGGCUAAAAUUAAUUUUUCGUCAUUGUUGUUUUUUUUUGCAAUUUUUGUUAACAAGUACUCCACAAAACGUUGCACAGAAAUUCCUUGUUAUUUUUGCUCUUUUUGUUAUUCAUUUCAGCUUGCAGUCCUGGACAUACAGGUGUUAAUUACCUCAAACAAUUUCCACAGACUUUGUCUGUUUACUUUUUGUAAUGCCAACCUCGAUCUAAACACAAGUAUCAGUGUUUUUUUAUUCUUGUUCAAAUUAAAGAUUCAGUGCUUGUACAUUUUCAAGGAUCCAUGCAUUGAUUGUUUCCAAUACAAAAUCUCAUCAGUUUGGUCAUACAUAUUUUUCCUUUUAAAUGGUGCCCAGGCAAGAAGCCAAAACAAAACAGCAGCAAAACAAAACGACAUUCACGGCAACAAGAAGCCAACAGAGUUCGCUGACAAACCGCCAUCAGCCAGCAAAACUUUUUUUGGC